AUCUUUUUCUGUAUCCUCUCAUUUGAAUUUCCAAUCUCAAUGGCCCAUCCUUGUUCAUCAAUCUCUUCAUCCUUUGUAAUAACAUUCAUCAUUUUCCAGCUAUUAUCUACUUGUACUUUGUACGCAAACGGAUGUUAUACUUCGAUCAUUAGUUUCGGCGACUCUUUGGCCGAUACUGGCAACCUUAAACAACUUUACCAUAGCACGAAUCGUGAGACUCUACAUUUCUUUUAUCCCCCUUAUGGCGAAACCUUUUUCCAUAUGCCCACUGGUCGUUGCUCCAAUGGUCGCCUCAUCAUCGAUUUCAUUGCUGAAAGCAUCAGGCUACCACUGGUACGACCAUUUGUGGGUGUUAAAGGGAGAUACAUGAUGGAAUUGAGACGAGGAGUAAACUAUGCAGUGGCUGGUGCAACUGCGUUGGAUUCUUCAUUUCUUGCGGCUAGAGGAGUUCAUAAUCCGAUGACAAACUCAUCUUUACGAGUUCAGUUGGGAUGGUUCAAACGAUCAUUAACGUCUCUUUGUGCCAACGUACCAGAUUGUAAACACUUCCUUGGACAUUCUUUGGUUCUAAUGGGCGAGAUUGGAGGAAACGAUUACAAUCAUGCACUACUUGCCGGAAAAUCCAUCGAAGAGCUUGAAACAUAUGUUCCUCUUGUAGUUGAGGCCAUCAUCUCAGCCAUUAAUGAACUCAUUGAGCUAGGAGCCAAGACACUACUAAUACCAGGAAACUUACCUAUUGGAUGCUCGGCGGUGUAUUUAACAAACUAUUAUGGAUCUGAUAACGUGGAGUACGAUAAUUCAACUGGUUGUAUUACCCGGUUAAACAAAUUUGCUGAAUAUCACAACGGAUUGCUCAAGACAAAACUCAGUAGAAUGCGCGAACGUCAUCCUGAAGUCAAUCUCAUUUAUGCAGACUACUACAAUGCUGCCAUGCAAUUUUUUCGCUCUCCAAACGAAUAUGGAUUCACAAAUGGUGCUUUAAAAGCAUGUUGCGGGGGUGGAGGACCGUUUAACUACAACGCAUCAACAGCAUGUGCAGACCCAUCAUCAAAUGUAUGUGUUCAUCCGGAUUCGUAUGCUAACUGGGAUGGAUUACAUUUAACAGAAGCAGCGUAUAAAGUUAUCUACAAGAGCGUAUUUCAAGGACCUUACGCUAUCCCACAAUUCGAAUCUGUGUGUCCUACAUUAAUCAUAAAAGAGAUGGAUGGAAUAUCAAGUUCUAGGUAACUAAUAUGAUUUGUGUAAUCAUAUGUAUCUUAUUUUCACAUAUUGUAUGAUAUUGGUGAUUGUUGUUUACUCCUGCAAGAAAAGAAAAAAGACCAUUGCUGAAUA